AUGGUGUUGAAGUCUGGGACAUCGUCGUUUAUGUCUUUGCUGUUAUUAAUUGUUUUGUUUGCGGCAAUGCGUUUGUUCACUGAAACGCUAUGCUCUUCAAAACUCAUGACAAUCAUCGGUGGGUUUUUUGGCAGCUUAGGUUUCGUCCUACUGAUUACGUUUGUGAACAAUUUUGAACGGACAGUUUUUGGUGAUGAAUUUUACUCGGGGGUUUUUCCAGAAGUGGUAACAUGUAUUAUCAUUGCCUGUUCCUUCUCUGCUACUGUUCAUCGUGUCUGCGCCACUACAUGCUUCAUAUUCUCAAUGGUGAUGCUGUAUUACCUGAAUCGUUUAUCUCACGAAACUUACCAGAGCAAGGAGCAAUCAAACGCAAUGAAUUUAUCUCGACGAAAGAAAGACUGA